GGUUUUUCACGGAUUCCGACGUGCGUGGCACGUACAGAGAGCCGCAACGACGCGCACAGCCUAUAAUUUAUCCUCAAAAACCGCAACGAUGCGGUUGCGAGCACAAAUGAUUGUGCAGCUAUGCAUGACGAUGCUAUGUCCAACCAGCUCCUUUGUGAGCCCGGCGCAGCGAGCUAGGGCGACAGUGAUGCGCGCACAAUUGGAGCCACGCGUGCCGACGGAUAGCGAUGACAUGGUAAUCGCCGCUGCACGAUCCGUGCGCACUGCGCUCGAGGCUGGCGUCGCGCGGCAGACGGUCGAGCUGCACAUCCCGCUGCCGCCGGAGACGAGCCCCGAAGACCUGGACCCGUGGCCGGGAGGCCUGCCGCAAAUCGCCGAGUACGCCCUACCUUUAGCGCGUGAGUGUCUGCGAAAGGCCGUCAAGGGCGGUUCAGAAGUACAAGAAGUAGUCCUGUCCAAGGACGACGGCUGCGUCCAGCUCUACUGCCAGGGCGAGACUCCGGCCGACGACGCCAUGAUGAUUUUACAACCGGGCGCGGAGACGUUCGACGAGCUGCGCCAACUCGACGGAGCCGUCGGCGACCGGCUGCUCGUACUGGUCAAUCCUAAAAUAAUAGGACCCCAGAGCCUCGGCUUGUUCCAGGGCGCGGUCGCCAAGGACUUCUUCCGAGGUGGUACUUUACGCGACAAGUUCCCCGUGACCUACUGCGCGCAGGAGUCGUCGUGCCGGUCCGAAGAUGUGAGGCUCGUGCACGAGUACGGCAAGGGCUGGAGGGCCUACUACGUCGACGACGCCGAGUUCGAAGGGCAAAACAUGAUCAGCGAAGGUACUAUUUUACCGUUGCACGACGACCCGUUAGACGCGCGGCCGUCGUACGAGGAGCUCCAGGACCUCGUGAUAGAGAAGCUCAAGCUGCCGGUGUACGUGCGGAAGAUGCGCGAGGCGGGCGAGAAGGGGCCGCGGUUUUUGCGGUAGUUGUGUAGGUCUUAGUGUG